GUAAGUACCGGCGUCGGCUUAUUGGUCUUGAGUAUAAGUUUUGUCAUCCUCAGAAGGAAAUGGAAGAGAAGAAAGCAAAUGAAACUAAGAGAAAAAUACUUUCAUCAAAAUCAUGGUUUACUACUACAGCAACUCAUCACUUCCGACGAAGACAAUGCUGAGAGAACAAAGAUAAUUUCUUUGAAAGAAAUAGAAAAAGCAACUAACAAUUUUGAUGAAACUCGAGUGCUUGGCCAUGGAGGACAUGGAACAGUUUAUAAAGGGAUUCUAUCAGAUCAACGCGUAGUCGCUAUAAAAAAGUCCAAAAUAGUCAAGAAGAGUGAGAUAGAUCAAUUUAUAAAUGAGGUUGCAAUUCUUUCUCAAAUUAAUCAUAGAAACAUCGUCAGGCUUUUUGGAUGUUGUUUAGAAACAGAAGUCCCCUUGUUAGUCUAUGAAUUCAUCUCCAACGGGACCCUUGCAGACCACCUCCAUGUUUCAGAUGGUAAUUCUACAUUAUCAUGGGAAGCUCGUUUGAGGAUCGCUACAGAAACUGCCGGCGCUCUUGCCUAUCUGCACUCGGCUGCUUCAAUAUCAAUUUUACAUAGAGAUGUUAAGUCAUCAAAUAUUCUUUUGGAUGAUCAUUUCAUGGCAAAAGUAUCGGAUUUUGGAGCCUCAAGAUUUAUCCCGCUUGAUGAAACUCAUAUAAUUACUGUUAUCCAAGGCACCUUUGGAUACUUGGAUCCAGAAUAUUACCAGACUAGUCAAUUGACGGAGAAAAGUGAUGUUUAUAGCUUUGGGGUUAUUCUUCUGGAGCUUCUGACAGGAAAGAAACCUGUUUUCUCCAUUGAGCAUGAGAAUAGGCAAAACCUAUCUAUGUUUUUUCUUCAAGCAAUGAGAGAGAAGCAUUCUUUUGAUCUCGUGGAAGAACAUAUCAUGAAAGAAGGAACUAAAUAAGAGCUUCUCGAGAUUAUUCAACUGAUAGAAAUGUGUUUGAAGUUGAAUGGGAUUGAAAGGCCAACGAUGAAAGAAGUGGAGUAUAAAUUACAAAGCUUAAGAAGGAUCGGAAAGAAAAAACGAUAUCCUAUUCCAGAAGGUAUGGAAGAAACCGAGUAUCUGCUAAGUGAUUCAUCUUGUACCUUUUCUGAUUCAGUUGACCAAACAGGGACAUCUAGGAAUUAUAGCUUAGAAAAGGAAUUCCUAUGGUCAUUAUAUAACCCACGAUGAGCUCGUAUUCCACUUAAUUAUUCAUAUUUA